UCGAAGUCAAUGCUCAAUGUGUUAUUGAUCGAGAAUAUUUGAGAAGCAGUAAUCGCGUAUUUACCAUAAAAAACGGGAAAUGAUUUUAAGAUGCUGCGGACUAACGAAGUGCCUGUUGGAACCACAUUGAGAAUCUUUUGUUCUCCCACCAAUUUCGUGGACACCACUUGCACUCGCUCACAAGCAUCCAGUACAAUGAUGCAGGCCAACAAAAAGCGAAAGCCUAAUAAUGAUCAAGCUACAGUGUUUACUCCAGCCAUACAGAGACAAAGUUGCGAUGGGGCCUCAAACGCUGAAUGUGAUCCCGAAGCUGAUGAAUUUGAUACUGAAUUGCCGACUUCGAAUCCAAAGGUAUUCAGAUCGAGUCAUAAGCAAAUCAGAGAUGAUUCUUGCCCUGAACCAGCAAAAAUGUUUCUUGUUGGAUUCAAGUUGAAUAAAGAUCAGUUUCUUGAGGUAUACAGAACAUGCUAUAACCAAAGUUCUCAAGCAGCAUUAUUUUCAAUUCAUGAAAUUGAACCAUUUAGCGCAACUGCUCCUCGUAAGGGGGGAAUGGACUAA